UUCUUCUUGCUGAAGGUCGUGUCCCUGAAACUUGACCGUUGCCUGUCUCGUGAGCUGUUUCCAUCUCGUCCGGUCCUCGGCUGCUCGAAUGGCGGUUGCGACUGGCAACCCAGUUAGAGCGGUUACUUGAUCACACCAACUGCAACGGCUAGAAUGACACUGAAGAAAAAUCCUUUUUAAAAACUAAAGAAUUUUAUAUAAUAAAGAUCAUCUCACAACCCUUUACUGACAUUGAAACUUAGCAAGCAUGGUUGUGAAAACGCGAAGGAACAGCAUCAAAGCGAAAAUGAAAAGCAGAAGAAAUAUACUGGCGAGUGCCGCCUUCGGCGUAGCAUUCCUAAUUAUACCUGUAGUAGUUAUUUUCAUUGACCCUAUAUUUUUGGUUGCACAAUAUCAAUUAAAAUUGACGAAGAAUAGCUUGCUCUCCUAUUUUUUGAAAAAGGAGUUAAAAGGAGCUCUCCUGGAGGUCUACCUCUUCAACGUGACCAACGCCGAGAGGUUCCUCGAUGGAGCAGACAAGAAGAUGAAAAUGAAAGAAAUCGGCCCAUUUGUUUACCAAGAAUACAGAAGUAAUGAAGACAUAGAUUUUGAUAAUGAAGCACCAGUAAUCAGGUUUACACCGAAGUUGAGAACUGUUUUCAUGCCUGAUAAGUCAGUAGGUGAUCCGAAGGAUAUUACACUGAACGUGCCUAACAUCUCCUUACUGACUGUGUCGACUUUAAUGGAACCAUACCCCUUCGUGGUCCGACAGCUCUAUAACAUCCUGGUGAAUCAGGUUGAUACCGAGGGGAUCGUGGCGAGGGAUGUCCACAGUUGCCUCUGGGGUUUCCGCGACCCUAUUGUGUCUAUAGCCAAAACUCUUGCUCCAGGCUCGAUAUACUAUGACAGUAUAGGAAUCUUAGAAAAGUUGUACGAUCCAUAUGUUAAAUACAGAAUUGAAAUGGGUAGAGAAGGAGCAGAUAAAUUCAAAGUUUUAAAUGUUCAGAGAACACGCAAAGAGAAGAUGUUUGAUUCAAACGAUUCUGUUAAUAAGUAUUUUGAAUUUAAUGACACAUAUGAAGGUGCAGCUUUUCCCCCACUGAUGACUCCACAAACCCCAGUUAACUUGUACCGCCUGGGAAUCUGCAAAAGCUUCCAAAUGAAGUACCAAACCCAAGAGGACCUAAAGCUGGGAGCCAAAUUAUUUGUGUACGGGUACAGUAACAGUACAUUUGAGAACACCAAGAUAUGCGACAGUAAGGGAUGGUGCCCCUUUGGCCUUAUGGAUUUGUCGUCUUGUUUUUACCAUCUUCCAAUGGCGUUAUCGAAAUCACAUUUUCUCGACGCUGAUCCUUUACUGCUUGAAAAAGUUGAAGGCCUGAAACCAAACAGAGCCGUUCAUGACAGUAGCUUGUUGGUAGAUCCAAAGGCAGGUCUAACAAUAGGGACGACUCUUGAGCUGCAGCUCAACAUCAUGACGACGGACUUGACGUUCAACCACCAGUCCCGGCUGUUCUCCGACACAAUAGUGCCUAUAGCGCGAGCCAAAAUCACCUUACCGGAACCACCAGAAGAAACGAGGUCCUCUCUAAAGUUAAUGUACGAAACGGGCCCGCAAAUAUUGCUUAUUCUAGAAAUAAUCUCGUGCUCUCUAGGCAUUUUACUUUUGUUGAAUUCUGGAAGGCUGGCCUGGCGGGAGCGUCGUAGAGAACUAGGCCCAAAGACGUUCACACCGCUUCAAGGAAAAAUUAGCGCACAACCACUACUAAGUUCCUGAGUUAAAUUAUACAAAAGAAACAUUGUGUGAGUCAUGUUUAGUUAGACCUGAGCAAUCAAGCUUGGUUGAGAUAAACCUGGCCUUAGAUAGUGCAUCAAGUAAGCGGUCUUCUCGUGUGUAAUAAGACCAAGAUAAUACAUAUCAGUGACAACUAGUGUAAUCAGACCUAGAGCACCAAAUAUCGAAACAUGUGAUAACAGUAACCCAGUGAAUCCAGAUCCAUCCAUAUGAUCCAACUAACUCAUGUGUUUCAUUCUUGGUAAAUAACGAAGAAUUGAAACGUAAACAUAUUCGUCCCAACACCCUUCGCCCACAGCUACUUCAAACUAGAAAGCGGUUGAUAUGGAAUUUGUCUUUCUAGAGUAUUGACCCCAAUUUAAUAGGUGUGCGGACAAGCUCAAGUUAAACCCAAUGUGUCAAGUAGUUAUCUGUUAUUGUAGACAGUAUCCCCCUUGAAACAUGAAGUCCGAGUCUUAAGAGUUUUUUUUUAUUGGUUAGAUGAGAGGACGAGCUCACGGCCCACUUUGUGUUAAAUGGUUGUCGGAGCCCAUAGACAUCUACAAUGUAAAGCCGCCACCCACCUUGAGACAUGAGUUGUAAGGUCUCACUAUUAACAGUACAACGGCUGCGCCGCCUUUCAAACCGAAACGCAUUACUGCGUCACGGCAGAAAUAGGCAGGGUGAUGGUACCUACCUGUGCGGACUGAUAAGACGUCCUACCGCCAGUAAAUACGCAAAUACGCAAUUACGGGUUUGAUUUUUACUAUACGAUGUUAUUCCUUCACCGUGGAAGUCAAUCGUGAACAUUUGUUAAGUACGUAUUUCAUUAGAAAAAUUGGUACAUACCUCCCGGCGGGAUUCGAACACCGUUGUAUCGCUACAUACUAAUGCACACACAAAGAGUGUUCUCAUAGAGGCUUACACACACUGCGCUUAGCAGCUGCAGAAAGAGGCGAAUACAGAAUAAACCCUACCAUCCGUAUUUUUGUUUCUACAGGUUUGAAAUUUAUUACUUCCCUUUCCCUCUCUCCCUCCUGUUCCACUCAGCAUAAUUCUGUGCUGCAUGAGUAGUCACAAGUAUCCAAGUUGAGGUUUCGGUCCACCGUUGCCAACCACGGUUAGCCGUAGAUAUUUCAGUUAAUUUAUAAUAUACUCAUAGGUUUAUUUGUAAGGUUUUUUAAAGUAUAGGAUAUAGUUAAUUUAUUGUUAGAGUACAAACCGAAGUAUGCUUGAAAUAAACAAUUAUUUAUGGUAA